AUGGUCGCACUACUCACAUCCAUGUCGUCGCCCUUGUUGGACCUGAUUACCCAGGUUGAGAACACCUACCCGUGCAACACUAACACCGUUUCUAUCACCGAGAGUGCAGAUGACCACGUCGUCAUUGUUGAGACUCAGGACAGCAACUCUGAUCCUUUCUUCGAAUACGUUCUGCUUGGUGAGACGGUCGAGGAUGGUGUCUUUGCAUAG